UCUGCAAUCUUCUUGAAAGACCCUGAUGACUGACUAAGAAAACUUGAGAAGACGUGACUCAAGUUUCCUUCCAUGUUUUGAGACGACGUUCACCUGGUCACGACAUCGAAAAGAAGAAAGUUGAGGCGUCACAUCAGUUAUAAAAGCUGAGUUGUCAAACUAAACCAGUCUCUGCUACGCUUUAUUAGUAUGCAGCGGUCGUGGUCAAGAAGAUGAAAAUCAGUGUUGGUGGAAAGACCAGGAAGUGGUGUAAAAGGUAACCGUUGCCAACGACGACCAACCACCCUGGCCCCAGACGUCCAGUAACAUGGCUACAGUCAUCAAGGAAGGACCGCUGUGUCUACUGGGUGUAAAGGGUCAAGGAUUCAAGAAGACUAAGUACUGGGUUGAGCUGUCCACCACUCCACAGGAGCACGUCUACCGGUUGUGCCUGUAUUACGACAAGGUCCCGCGGGUGCCCUGGCGGUUGUUCUGUCUGGAGCGUGACACGUUCUGCGGCUCGGAGUGCGGAGUGCUGAACAAGCGGGUGAACGACGCCGAAGAGAGGUACUGGGCGCUGGUGCUGGACAGCUGUACCCUGCUGUUCCAGGAAGUGCGGGGCAGGAAGUCGGGACCGGACAACGGAGUGGAGGUAUGGGACAAAGAAGUCAGGAGGCGCAUGAGAGAUCGAGGACGCUGGAUGUGUCAGUCCGUGCAGAGUCCCGACCCGUCCCUCCCAGACGAGUUCGUCAUCAACCUGACGGAGGCUUCACUGAGCUUCACCUCCCUCAUGACCAACAUGCAGUCUGCCCAGAGCCACGGGCUGUGGGACAUCGCGCAGGUAGAGGUCGAUGACCCUGAAUACCAGAACGUCAGCCAGGAGGACGGACAGUUCUUCCUGAAGCUCAUCAUCGGACAGCCGGGAAAAAGGAGAGGUGUGUAUAUCGUGAAGCUGCCUCCGCGAGCCAGGUUGGAGUUGGUGACGAAGUUGAGAAUGUUCCAGUCUCGUCUCGGUCCUCCCACGCGUCCCAGGCCUGGGUCGUCCGAUGGUGUCCAGUCCCGGCCUCUGCCAAUACCUCCUCCUCCUACCGACCCACGUCCACCCACCCACUUAUCACAUGGUGUGUCCCCACGCACCCAACCUACCCCCACCCAACCAUCACAUGGUGCAUCCCCACCCACCCAAUUGCAACCUACCCCCACUCAGCCAUCACCAAGACUCUCCCCACACCCCAAAACCUCCCGGUCUCCGUCCCCAACGCAUCGAGCGCUCUCCCCUCCCUUCAGAAAAGCAGGCCUCGGAUCCAACCCACCAACAUCCUUGGGAAAAUGCCCCUCCCCACCGUUAGCACAGAAGCAGGCUCAAACACAGCGUCUUCCCACUUCCGGGCCUCAUUCGAAACGCUUCCACAAGCCUGUACGAGCAGAAAAAAGACCCCUGCCUUCUACUCCCAACGUAGCGUCUUCCGCCAACGAGCACACGACGAGUUCGCGGCUUUCCAGUACAGGGUGCCCCCCUCCUGUUCCGUACCGCCGGUCAGAGUCCCAAACGAGUGACGGGCGCCGAGUAUUGCCAACGACUCCCUCCCCCACACAAGAAGACAAGUCGAUGAAGCCAAGAAGUACAGAUCCGGGGCUUCCUUCCACAUUGAAAGCAUCCUGUCCACCCAACAUUGUUGUUGAUGAGUUUAAAGAUGCUGCUGCUGCUGCACAAAGAGACGCCAACAGUAACAAAUGUAACGGGUUGGCGACACAAGAGAAGCCACUCCUCCCCAAAAAGAGAGCGCAGCGUCAAAAGGAAGAGCGUAGAUACAAGAAUGUUCCAGACAGAACAAUAGACAGAAAACCAACGGAGCACGACAUGCCGUAUUACAGCAUAGUACCUAUGGAAAAAGACAAUGGAGCUACCGAAAACUCACAUGCAACAAGCGUGCAACGGCCUAGUGACAGACACGUCUACAUGAACGCACCAACGUCACAUGUUAGUGAGAGAAGUAGAGUCUAUAUGAAGUGUAUGUCAAAUGAAGAUCACCACAGGGAAGACGCCCAGAGACUUAAGGUAGCUGCGAACGUGAAAAGGUCGGGGUCCAUGCCACUUCUGACUGAUCUUCCCGAUCCUUCGUCAAUGGCAUACUACAACAUUCCAGAUUUGAAGGCAGAACCCCUUUACCAGAACCCCAGCCUGAGAGGUAGAAAGGCCACCAGAUGCCCCCCUCCCCCAUCAGAGGCUCCAGGAGACGGACAGAAGAAACCUGUACCUGCACCAAGACGAGCAACGAGCAGGCAAGAGUUGAAUUCCAUUGAAUAUCAUGACGGGCAUCCCACCACCACUUUGUGCAAGGAACAGCAGCAUCAAGACAGCACCAAGAAAGAUAUCAUGAGUGUACUAAUGGACACUAGUCUGGAGGAGGACACCCUCGGCCUACCCAAGGAGAAGUGGGAGAAACUGCUGCUGCUACUGUGUUACCCCAGCCCACUGCAAAACGACUGGAGAGUGUUGGCAUCCAGGCUAGAUCUUAACAAUGUGGAUGUGAUGUUGCUGGAGAGUGUGAGGGAGAACUACAAGCAGUUGCCUGCCAGAUACGUCUUCAGGUACUGGCAGAGACAUGGGCCCCUCCCCUACACACGUCAGGAGGUACAGAGAGUUCUGAUCGAGCUGGAGAGACUGGAACUGGCCGGGAUGUUUGAUGACUACUGCACUCUACCCUUAAAACCUGUGUUGUAGCAUCUCGCAUAGUGGAAGCAUGUGCAGUGGCCACCUGUACAUUAAGGACCAUUGGUUAUAUAUAAUAUAUAUUAAUGUGUGGUG